UUGUGCCCGCCCAGGACAGAUGCUGCGCUACUUGUUGAAGUCAGACACGGACCCAUGCAAGGACUUCUACAAGUACGUGUGUGACCAGUGGCCAUCACAGCAACCGCCCAGUGUUUCCUACACGGGUGCAGACGGUGCAUUGGCAGCAGACAUUGAGGCCAGGAUGCAUGCAUUCCUUGAUGGUCCGGGAAUGUCAAGCAUCCAGCCCUUAUUCACCUUCUGGACUAACUGCAACAAUCAAGGCUCGGUCCCUCAGGACCGGGUUCUGAGCCACGUGCGAGCACUCGGCCUGGAGCUACCGGGCUCACGAGCAGCAUCAUCGCCCGAGCGUCUCAUGGUGCUUGCCGUGACGCUGGCCCAGGAGUUUGGCCUCUUUGCAUUGCUCACGGUCGAGCUGGACAGUGACCCAGAGGGCAAGGCCCAACAUGUUGUGGCGGUUGACGAGCCCGAACUGGCAUGGGGCCGGAUGAAGCCUCCACUGGUUACCGCUGAGGACACCACACAGUGGAACAUGCUCAUGAGGGUGGCGCAACCCCUCGCUUUGCUGCUGCUCUCUGAUCUCAGCACGGUGCAGUCUGUAGCUCACAGCUUUGCGCGUAUCACCAUGGCCAUGACCAACGUCUCGGUAGCCAACCGCCACAUUUCGGAUCGCAUGGCCCUGUACGAAAUGCACAGCUACCAGGAACUGAACAGGCUGGACCCGCUGCUCAAUGGUCUUUUCGGGAGCAGCCAAGACUUGCGGCCGUCCUCACGGCUGCUAGUCAAGGCACCUCGCUUUGUGGAACUCGUCUAUGCGCUGCUGGCCACAGACAGGGAAGCCCUGCACCAGUACAUGGUCAUCCUGGCACUGCUGCACUUGGCUCCAUUCCUGGACGUGCCGGAUGCGUCCAGUGCCUUCCUGUCGUCCCUGACGGGUGAGGACGUGACUUGGGGGACGCCACCGCGGUGGCGCGUCUGCCUGCGGUUGGCGGAGCGCACCCUGCCCAACCUGAUGCAGGUGGCCUACGAACAGAUCUUCAAGGGGAGCCCAAUCUUUGAUGAAGUCAUGGGAGACAUCAUGGUAGAUGAAGUGCGCAACGGCCUCGUCGAGUUCAUCGACAGCCUGAAUAUUCUGGACGCCUGGUCCAAGAUCAUUGCCAAGAUCAAAGUUCGGGACACCAAGGUCUACACCUUCUACCCGAUCGUUCUGGCCGAUCCCAAGAAUUUGAACGCGUACGUCAAGAAGCUGGAACAGAGUGUCACCUGGGAUGGGGACAUAAUGGAGUACUACAUACAGCUUCGAGGCUUUUUGGCACAGAUGAAGGAGCGAGAUGAGACCCUCAAUUUCUUUCUGCCGAGGUGGAAACACUCCAUCUUUGACCCAGAAUGCGUUUACUACCCACGGAGAGAUGUGGUGUACGUUCCCGUGGGUUUCUUUAACCUAACUGUUCCUACAAGCCCAGGAGAGAGAAUGUUCCAUGUUCCACGUGCCGGGCCACGGCUCGUCGGCUGCUUCUUCAGGGUUGUCAUGGAGAACACUGGCCUGUACAAACCGGAGGGCCUCUGGUGGACAGAAGCGACGCGGGCUGCUUUCCAGGAAAGCGUGGCAUGUAUCGAGGACAAGCACAACCAAAUGAUUUUGCAAGACGGGGGGAUCGAUCUGCACGACGUGAGCAGGCGCCCGAACCUGCAAGGCCUGAGCGACCUUGAGGACAACGUGGGCGUGCGCAUCUCGGUGAAGGUGUUCAACGACCGACUGUUCACAAAUCGGUAUCUCAACCGAGACUACAGGCUUCCCGGAGUAGAGCACCUGUCCUCGCAGCAACUUUUCUUUAUCUACCUCGCCCGGAGUCACUGCGAGGUUCCCUCAGUUGCGAAAAGCCUCGAAGACAUCCGUUGCUCGUACAAGAGCAAAGGAAAAUACAGGACUAACCUACCCCUGAGCAACAACCAUGAGUUCGCUGACGCUUUUCAGUGCGCGCCCGGCACAGUGAUGAACCCCACGACACAGUGCUCGGUGUGGAGUUGAUGGGUCGUGUUCAUUAUAUAUAUUUUUUUCAAAUACCUUUGGCCGGGCUUAAUAAAAUG